AUAGUUGAGAGAUAUUCCCAAACCAAAUGGGCAAAUCCCACCUCGCGUGUAUCGCCUUCACUGUCGCGAUCGUACGACAUUAUCCCAUUUGCAUGCGAUUGCAGAAUUUGGAGCCGAUAUGAUUCCCUCUUUUUCUUCCACGUUAUCCAAUUUUCCUCGAAUCGGCCCCACUCGCCUUCUUCUUCUUCUUCUUCUUCCUUCCCCCGGAGGUAAGGGUCACUGAACUUGUACUCCAUCCACCCACCGAUUCAGUGGAGCUUUGCUAUCACUAAUUCUGUCGCAUUUCGCCUUCGCAUUGCCCUUUCUAUUGCUAUUUGGAUGCUCUGCACCUUUUUUCUUGAUUCGCUUUGAAACCCUGAAUUAGUUUUUGUCGCGUAUACGGAUGUUCAUUUCUUUUUGUUGUGUUCUUGGAGUUUCUUGAAGGGUUUUUUUGGGUUUGGUGAUGGAUAUCGCCUCACGUUUGAAUAAGUUUUUGAAACAGAGUAGUAGUGAGUUUAAAAGCUGGGUUUUGGUGUUCGGGUGUUUCCCGCGAGUUUUUGUCAUUUUGGGGCUUUUUCUGCUGUUUUGGAUGGCUUUGAAGGUUCUGCAAUUCAGUUGGCAUGGUGGGGAUUUUAUGCAAUUUCUAUGUGAUUUUAGGGAGAAAUCUGCUAAUUAUGUGAGGACUGGAUUUUGGUUGAAAACCAGUGUUGUUGAGGUGUGUAAUUCAAAAACUAUGCAAACUUGUGGAAGUAGACGACGGAAUUGGUUGAAGAUCAGGAGUGGAUUUUUGUUCAAUAAAUUUAAUUUAGUUGCAAACUCCAAAUGGGGAGUGGAUGCUGAUGGUGAUGUUAAGAGUGAAGAGAAGGAUAAUGUAGUUGUAGAAGAUGAUAUCCAGAAUGAAGAGAAAGAAAAUGAUUCUGAAGAUGCUGAAUUUGAUGUUAUCAGAUUAAGAAAAUUGGUGAAGAUUGAAAGGAAGUACAAGAAGGAGGCUCUUGAAGAGCUUGAGAAGGAAAGAAUGGCAGCUGCAACUUCAGCUGAAGAGGCAAUGGCUAUGAUAUUUCGUCUUCAACAUGAGAAGAGUGCAAUCGAAAUUCAAGCCAAGCAUUUCAGUCGAAUGAUGGAGCAAAGGCAGCAAUAUGAUCAAGAUGUUAUUGAAUGUUUGCAAAGGAUUAUCAUGGAAUAUGAGUUAGAGAGAAGCUUGAGCGAACAACCAUGCUCCUGCAGUUCAGAACGGAAGCAACAACGAACAGGAUUCGGUGACGGUAUGAGCCUCUUCCAAUACGACACAGAAUUCAUCCCAGAAGAUGAUGUACAGAUGAACACCAUUGACAUGGAUCUCAAGGAAAUGUAAGUCCAUGAAUACAACUUUUGUAUAUAGUAUUAUUAACAUAGAUUUUCCAUAAUUUUAUGCUGUCUAGUUGCGAAACUUGACUUCAAAUUUGGAUUGGAGAUGAGUAGCUAUAACUCAUUUACAUCUUUCUU